AUGACGACAGCGAUAUCAGCCAGCGAGGUGAUGUACCCUAACUUCUCGGCUUGUUCCUCUGACUCGGAUUGCCUGACCUCCAACUCUGACUGCAGGAACGGGCUCGUAUGUGAGUGCGUGGCCGGAUACAGCUACCACGAGACCACAGGGGCGUGUGUCACAAGUUGUCCUGGUGGUUACGGAAGUACAUUCACGCUGACGAAUGGCUUUUACUUGUUCGGGUUCAACACUGCCGUCUUCAACGACCUUGACACGUGUUUCGAAGAGUGCAGAUUGGACCCUGGGUGCGUCUCCAUCGAGUACGACACUCUGAUGGGAGAAUGUAAUCUAGAAGACAAGAUGCAAGAGAAGAACAUCGCACUUGAAACCGACAAGACACUGUCUGACACUACCGCCACAAAAAAUGGAUACAACAAGACUCAGUCUGAAAAGGGAUUCGCCUCCCUUGUUAAGGAAAGAAUACUAUCGGACAGAAAAAACGUCACGCCCGAGAACGACUAUGCAGUAUCACACAACCGGAGUGGUAAAGAUGAGAGUUUCUCUCCUGCAGUUGAAAAUGAAGAUCGGUCAACUGCUGUACUUCAAGCCAAACACAAAAGAUUUGUUGCAGAAGGGACUGUAGCAUUUUCUGCAAUGAAAGUAGCUCGACAAGAUCAUGUCGGCGCUAACCAGAACAUCAUCUUCGAGCAGGUUCUUACAAAUGAAGGAGGCGGGUACCAUCAAAAUCACGGAGUCUUCAUUGCUCCACAAUCCGGCGUUUUCGUCUUCUCGUCGACCAUUAUGUGUGUCCCAAAUGGGGAGGUUGAUGCUGAAAUGGUUCAUAACGGAAACGGCGUCACGCACAUUUACUGCCAUGGUGACGGUGGGAGCCACGAUCAAGGUAGUCAGACAGUUGUCAUAAAGAUGAAUGCUGGGGAUGAAGUCGCGGUUCGAAAUUUUGCCAUUACAGAUAAUUCUAUCUGGGGUGGUCUGUAUUCGUCAUUCAGUGGCUAUUUAGUAUGGCUGCAAUAAAUUAAGUGUUACCGGAAAAAUGAUAUCUACUGUAGACAUAUUUGUUUACUCAUGUAAACAAAAUUAGUUAUGCAAAUCGACUAUGUUUGUUAUUUCCUAUAAAAUUAAAUCCUUAUUUCGUGUCUAUUGAAAACACACAUUUUAUUAAAGAAAUAUAAAUUAAA